AAUUCUCCGUCUAACUUAUACACAUACUUCAAGACAACGUUAUGGAUGCUCGAAUUAAUACCUCGCUAAAAAACGAUCAGAAUGGAAAUGGAUCCAGCAAUUUUGAUCUGGGUAUUGUAGUUUUUGAGAGUUUGAAAAAACACAGUAAUAGGAUUUUACAGUAUCUAGCAGACACAGAUGAAACAGAUACACAAGGGCAAGUUUUAAAACGGAGCAUACGUACUGCAAUGAAGUUAAAGGAAAAGGGAAUAACCAAGGAUGACAUUGUUAGCAGCUGCAGUCAUAACCACAAAAAUUCCAUCAUUCCUUUUAUUGCGUCACUCUUUCUUGGAAUUAAAACAGCCCACUUUGAUCCGAAUUUGUCUCAUUUAGAGACGAUCCAUCUACUGAAACUGAUUAAGCCGAGAAUUAUAUUCGUGGACCUGGAAUCGUUACCACUCAUGGAAAAGUGUUUGAAGGAAUCUCAAGUAAACACAGAGUUGGUAGUAUUUGGAGAAAGUGAAAAAUAUUCGAAUUUCAAUGGAUAUUUAGAACCUAGUGUUGAAGAAGAUAAAUUUCGACCAGUUGCGGCUGACAACGUUAUGGAAACGGCUAUUAUAUUGUUCAGCAGUGGGACAACGGAUUUACCAAAAGGAAUUUGUAUAAGCCAUUAUGGUAUACUUGGCCAAAUUUUAAAGAAAAGUAUGAAAGUGUCGGGUAACAAUAAAAAUAAUAGUAAUAAUAAUAACAUUUCAUUACUAUACACCGCUCUGUACUGGAUAUCAGCUGUUGUGAUGUUACUAAAAGGUAUCACUGAAGGAUGCGCUUACGUUGUUUGCAAACAAUUCGAUCCUGCUGCAACGUGGAGGGUUAUAGAAAAAUACAAGGUAACAAGUGCGUUUUUGGUGCCAUAUCGAGCUAGAGAAUUCUUAGCUGCCCGUCAAAAUGUAGAUACCAGCAGUUUGAAGCAUAUGGCGACAGGUAGUGCCCCAGUGACUAAAAAGCUGAUGGAUGAGCUAAGAGAAGCUUUACCGAGUGCGGCUGUUGUACAAUGUUACGGACAGUCAGAAGCUUUAGGGAUGAUCGCCUCUUUCAACAUAGGUGAUCCAAAGGAGAUGGAAUUGCAAAAAAUUAAACCAUUAUCCUCUGGAAAAGUUCUACCAAAAUAUAAUUGGAAGAUUGUCGACCCUGUCACAGAAAAAGUCCUUGGUCCAAAUGAAAGGGGAGAGUUCCGAUACAAAAUAGAUUAUCAAAUGAACGGGUACUACAAAAUGGAUUCUUCCUCUGCAUAUGAUUCGGAAGGUUUUAUAAAAUCUGGAGAUAUAGCUUAUUACGAUGAAGAGAACUGCCUGUUUAUUGUGGAUAGAAUUAAGGAAGUGUUUCUAUAUAAAGGAUGGCGCAUUUUUCCCGCUGUUCUGGAGGGGAUCCUUCUAACUCAUCCAGCCGUCGAAGAAGCUGUUGUGAUUGGCAUUCCUCAUGAAUUACAUGGGUACCAUCCAAUGGGUAUCGUUGCCUUAAAUAAAGGGUAUGAGGAUGUUACCCCGGAAGAUAUAGAACUCUAUGUGAGACAAAGGGUGUCAGAUGAUCAACGCUUAAGAGCGGGUGUUAAAAUUGUAGGAGAGAUUACCAAAACAGUUACUGGUAAAGUAAGGAGGUAUGGCAUGAAACAAAUGGUGCUCAAUGGUGAUAUUUAAAUUUAAAUAUUCUAUUAUACAGGGUGAUUCAUUAACAAUGGGAAA